AUUUAUUUUUAUUCUUAUCGUAUUGUAUUUUAUUAUUAUUAUUAUAUAUAUAUAUUUUUUUUUUGUCAAGUAUUUUAAAAGAUUUUAUUUAACAUAGUAAAAGAUCGGUUUGUAGUUUAAACAAAAUAAUUAAAGCAAGAAAAAAAGAAAAAUGUCCUCGAUUUCUCCAUCUACACCAUCUUCAAAGACUACAAAAGAACUUUCAACACCUGAUCUAAACGUUAAAAUUAAAAUUGAGCCUAAAGACGAUUCAAACAACAUUUCAACUCCUAUUCAAAAGAAUUCUGAAGAUACUGUUUCACCAAAUGAUAGUAGUGUAGAGGUGUCUGUUUCUUCAGUACCCUUAACUUCUAAAGAAAAGUCAACUAAACCAGUUGGUUCUUUUAACACUACUAAUAGUAGUAAUAAUAUUGACGGAAAAAGUGAAGAAAAAGAUUCCAAUUCUAAUGCAAAUGCACCUAGUUCUCUUAAUCAGCAACAAAGUUCGAUAGUAUCAAAUAAAAAAAGUGAAUUUUCAUAUUUUAAUGUUGGUGUUAGUGAAGAUCGUAACAAGCGAUAUAGAAGAACAAUGGAGGAUGCUCAUUCGUUUUUCUAUGAUUUUGCGGGAAUUGAAGGUCAGGGGUUCUUUGCUGUUUUCGAUGGCCAUGCGGGAAAACAAGCAGCUGAAUGGUGUGGGAAUCAUUUUCAUGAGACUUUUCAAGAAGUUCUUCAGGAAAAUAAGAAUCUCCCAAUUCCAGAAAUUUUUCAUUUGUCUUUUCUGCGAGCAGAUAAGCAACUCAAUCAGAAUGCAGGUAAACAUUCUGGAUGUACGGCUAUUGUUGCUUUCUUGAGAACCGAAGAGAUAUCGGAAGGUGAACCUGCCAAUGGUAAGGAACCUGUUAGCAAUGGUGCAAAUAUAAAAAGUAAACAGAAGCGAGUAUUAUAUACUGCAAAUGUUGGAGAUGCUCGUGCUGUUCUGAGUCGUAACGGAUUAGCGAUUAGAUUAUCAUAUGAUCAUAAAGGAAGUGAUGCACAAGAAGCAAAGAGAAUCGUAGAUGCUGGUGGAUUCGUCAUGAAUAAUCGUGUCAACGGUGUAUUGGCAGUUACGCGUUCACUGGGAGAUAGUUCAAUGAAAGAAUUUGUUGUUGGUAGUCCAUAUACUGCAGAAACUGAGUUGACUGAAAAUGAUCCAUUUUUGAUAUUGGCAUGUGAUGGGUUAUGGGAUGUUUGUGAUGAUCAAAAUGCUGUAGACCUUAUCAAAGACAUUAAGGAUCCACAAAUAGCGAGUGCGAAGUUGAUUGAACAUGCUUUAGCAAAUUUUAGUACCGAUAAUUUGAGUGUAAUGGUCAUUAGAUUUAUGAACGGAUAACAAAUAUACUUGCAUAAUUAUUUUAAUAUUUUUCAUUUUUCAACUAUUUUACUACCUUUUUAUUUUAUUUUAGCAUUUUGCGUAUUUAUUUAACUAGUAUAAUAGUAUUUGAUAUGCUAGUUGGCAUUUAUUCUUUUUCGUUUUUCUUUACUGUCUAUUAUAAUUUUACGGUAUUUUAAAUAUAUGUUAUAUGUAAAAAUUUGUUUUUUUACAAAAACGAGUUAUAUCUUUUAAAAGAGUAAUA